UGAGUUUAUUCAGAUUAACAUGCAUUCUACUUUACUUUGUUACACUUUCUUCUUAAAACUGAAGAUACCGUUAUUUGUUUAUCUCACUACUCAUUUGGUGGGUAAGUUGAAUCCGGUCGAAAUGGCUAAGCUCUACGACUACUUGUUCAAACUGCUACUUAUUGGCGACUCCGGAGUCGGGAAAACAAGCAUUCUUUUCCGGUUUUCUGAAGAUGAGUUCAACUCCACCUUCAUAGCUACUAUAGGCAUCGACUUCAAAAUCCGUACACUAGAUAUGGAUGGCAAAAAGAUCAAAUUACAGAUAUGGGAUACGGCUGGUCAGGAACGCUUUCGCACUAUCACUACUGCCUAUUAUCGGGGCGCAAUGGGUAUAAUGCUUGUAUACGAUGUUACAAACGGAAAUUCUUUCGAUAAUAUCUCUACCUGGAUGAAUAAUAUAUCUCAACAUGCUAAUCAAGACGUUGAAAAAAUGCUUUUGGGAAACAAAUGUGAUGCUAAUUCAGCAAGAGUAGUACCUACUGAAGCUGGUCUUCAACUUGCGAACUCAUAUGGUAUUCGCUUUAUGGAGACCAGUGCGAAAUCUGAUAUUAAUAUCACUGAAGCUUUCAAAUUACUAGCGCAAAAUAUCAAAGUUAAAAUGGAGGGGAAAAUGGAGAUCAUUAACCCGCCCAGAGAAGACACCAGAAAUAUCAACAGCAAACGACCUAAACGUCAAAUAUGGCGAUGUUCCAUAUUAUAAAGUGGGGUUUUCUUUCCAUUGGUGUCUUUCCGCCGAUAAGCUUCCGUGAGAAAAAACAUGAUGAUCUAUUUCCCUACUCAAAACAUUAGACGAAAAUUCUUGAUUUUUAGGAAUCUUUAUCAGGUGCCUUUUGACCAGCCUCAUUACACUUUCUUUGUCAUCUCUUGCCUGUCUGUUGUCUCUGUGUGUGCGUGCGUGCGUGUGUGUGUGUGUAUUUGAAAUGAAUAUAAAAAUGCCAACUACUAACUACUACUGUCGCCAAUUCAUAUAGGGGUUGCUGUUUCCUUUUGCCAUUUGACUUCAGAGCAAGAUUGUUUUGUCUUCGCUGUUAGGACAUGAUAAUCAUCAUCAUUAUAUACUGUUAUUAUUUUCUGUUCUUGUUUCGGUAUUUCUCUCAUUGUUGUUCUACGCGCGUGUUCAUCCCUCCUCUUAAUUCCACACAAAUCAAGUUGGCCUUAUCCCCAUCACACACACACAUACAAACAAACAUCAUUAAUUUUUAAUAGAGGUAUGUUGAAAAAACUAUUUUGAGCUUUUCUGUGUGUUAUUUGUUUGUCUGUCUUUCUUUUCUUACUUUCCCGUCCCCCCUCCUACUUUGUUUGAUAAUUUCACCAACAACAACACACACAAACACACACACAAUGCUUCAUCAUCAACACUUUUUAUUCUGCCUUGUUUGUUUUCAUCAUCAGAAUCACUAGCGGGGGGGGCGUCUCCAGUGAUUGUAAAUAAUCUUUUUUUUCUGGUAAAUGUUAUCAUUAUUACUGUUACUGUUAUUAUUAUUAUUUUUUAACACCCUCUGAUUAUUUUACUCCGUUUCGUGUCAAUCUCGCGCGACCAUUUUAAGUAGUAUAUGGAAUCGUUAACUUGCAUAUUUGACUGAUGAUUUUACUUGUGCAAACUAAACUUGUUAUCCCCUUGCACAUUCUACAAGUAAUGCUUUCAUCUUUAUAUAUUAGGAUGCUGAGAAAAACAUUUUGCUUCGAUAUACAUACAUACACCCCAGUACUGUUUGACGACAACUCACUUCUUUCGGGAGAGAGGGAGAGAUGGACAAAAUAAUUUGAAAUACUCUGUGUGCGUUUUUAUAACUCACACUCACAAACACACACGCGCGCGCGACUUAAUUAAUCUUAGAGAUUAUGCAGUAUUCACCUAUUGACUACUACUACUGUUUUAAUUAAAAGCAGAGUUAUAAUUUUUUUUCUGUAAAAGUCUUUAUUUAUUUCGCCCACGUAUUAUAUGUGCACUCUUGCUCCUCCUCUCCUCAUUGUAUGAUGGUAUGGUAUGAGGUGUCAUCAGAGAGAUAUGGAGAGAAUCACUUGAUGUGGGUUUAUUUUGUCUGUUUAUUUGUUUGUUCGUUUGUUUAACGUAUACUUUUUCUUUUCUAGUUUUGAUUUUCUUUUCAAAUAAAGUAUACUUUCCCUUCCCCCCCCUCCCACUAAAUGUGCUGCAUAGUAUAAAAUGGGUUUAUUAAGUCUCUUCCUUCUUUUUAUUUUGUUAAAGAUUAUUUCUUCUGAUGAGUUGUUAUGUUUUGUUUGUUUGUUUGUUUUGAGCAACCGUGUGUGAGUGUGCGCGCGUGCAUGAUCUUUCCGGUCAUGCGUGCUUUGGUGUCUUUGUCUCUCCUUUCAAAAUCUAAAAUCUAUUGCCUCACAUCAUCAUCAUCAGCUUAUCAGAUUAUAUGUAUGUAUAUAUAUUAUUAUUAUUAUUGAAAAAAAUAUUAAAUGAACAAACACACUACUAAUACUAUAUCUAAUAUAUUAUUCAGUUUGUUUUACUUUUUUAUCAUUUCGGCUAUACAAAUAUGCAUAUACAUAUAUAUAUUACUGUCCAGUGUUAAUUGCAAUAAAAAUCAUCUUGGGUUGUUUUCCUA